GUCUCUCCUAUCAUCAUCCAUGACGAGUUGCUCUCUCACCUCCCACGACAUGAUCUUAACCUAGCAGUCCUCGUUCUAUAGACACCGACAUCUGUCGCAAACCGCCAUUCUCUUAGCAUUCUCAGUCGAUGUUGCUUGAGAGCCCGGUUCCUUUCUUCAUCCCUUCGCAUCCGCGCUUCGCCUUUCCCUCUGAUUCAGCUGGUUCCCUUUCUCUGUCGCCACUCUUCGCCUGAUGGCUCACUCUCCCAUCCACACCGAGUUCAUGUCUGCAACGGGCGAUAGGCCGGCCACACGCCGGGCGCCGGAUACCACUUCAUAUCCCGUUUCCCGCGAGAACGGCGACAUCAUGCCCGACACAAAACAGAACCCCACUGUGAGCGAAAAGGAGUCGCCCUUUGCCAAGUCAUGGGUGCACUUUGUCGCCGGAGGUGUCGGAGGCAUGACAGCAGCGACCCUUACAGCACCCCUCGACGUCCUCAAGACCCGUCUACAGUCCGAUUUUUACCAAGCCCAGCUCCGGGCCUCCCAUCAGGCCCGCGCCCAGGCCGUCGGCACCAUGAGUCCCUUUAGGGCAGCCAUCUUUCACCUCCGGGAAACGUUUCAAAUUCUCGGCUCCGUCUACAAGAUUGAAGGGCCCCGCGCGCUUUUCAAGGGCCUCGGCCCAAACCUCGUCGGCGUCAUCCCUGCUAGGAGCAUCAAUUUCUACACCUACGGCAAUGGCAAGCGUUUGAUCGCUGAGUAUGGGAACGAGGGGAAUGAGUCGGCCUGGGUCCACUUGUCAGCCGGCGUACUAGCGGGCAUCACAACGAGUACGGUGACGAAUCCCAUCUGGCUCGUCAAAACGCGGCUGCAGCUUGACAAGAACGUCGCGCAACAGAAGGGCGGCUUGCACAGGCGACAGUAUCGCAACAGUAUGGACUGUAUCAGGCAGGUUCUGCGCACGGAAGGAUUCACCGGCCUGUACAAGGGCAUGAGUGCGAGUUACUUGGGUGUGGCCGAGAGCACUUUGCAAUGGGUACUUUAUGAGCAGAUCAAGAACCGACUGGCGGCAAGGGAGGAGCGCAUUGUCGCGAGCGGAAGGGAAAAGACGUUUUGGGACCAAGCAGUGGACUGGAUGGGGAAUGCCGGCGCUGCUGGCGGUGCUAAGCUGGUCGCGGCCAUCUUGGCUUAUCCUCACGAGGUUGCACGGACAAGAUUACGACAGGCACCCUUAGCCAACGGACAACUCAAGUACACUGGCCUCUGGCAGUGCUUCCGCGUUGUAUGGAUUGAAGAGGGCUUCAUGGGACUCUACGGUGGUCUCACCCCUCACCUAAUGCGCACCGUCCCCAGCGCCGCCAUCAUGUUCGGUAUGUACGAGGGCAUGCUGCGCAUCUUUGGCGCCCCUAAUAAAGCCGCCGCGAGCUUGUAAUCUCGUUGCAGGGGAGAGGUCCUGCAGGCUCGGACAAUGGACGGCGACAAUCAGCCAUUCAUCGUUUUAACGAUGGUCUGGCUCAACAGCACUCCUCGACUACCCCCGGCGCGUCGCUCAGACCCACCAACUGCGACGAUCCGGAACAUUUUGGAUGUAAAAACACAACCUUCUGUACUAUAUGAAUCACAAACCGCCAACUAUCGAUGAUAAUCGCAACUCUGAGACGGACGAACCGACAGACGAAGGGACUCAGCAAAAGCUUGGCGUAACAACAAACAUCCUCCUCACGUUGCAGACAACUUGGCACUCAAAAGAAGCUCCCCAGGGGGGAACCACUCCUACAUGUACGAUACGGAACAAGAGCGACUUUAGACUUUGAUUUUGAUGGGAAACAGGUCCCAUGGUUGGGAUGGCUAACCCGCCGAGGAAAAGCGGUUUUCUACCGAGUCUCGUAGGCAUCUGGGCGGGAGCAUCAGGUGGCGUUUCAUGGGAAGGUCAAAAGCACAUAUGUUUCCAAGAAUGAAAUACUGCACCUGGCCAUAGCUUCCCAACAGGCCAGAGACAUCCUCUGACGGAGGAUGCAUUCUCUGUACAAUAAUGUAUUUACAAAAACCCAAAUCAGAGGCAUCACCUACCUAC